AGUUCAGGUUGCCGUAUACAUGCCCCAAGCCGACCAGAGAUGGAUAUUCCAGACAGCGAGCCUGGGCGCUCCGCUUACAAAACAGUAUUGAAAACCCUCACUUCUUCCCAAAGAUACUAUCUCGGACUGCCCGGACUCACGGACUCGGACGAGGAGGCAGACGGCUCAGACGCCAUUGAAAUGGCCUUGCUCAGCAUCGACCGGGUGUUUGACAUGGUGGAAACGAGGCUGGACUCCGUGCACGAUGGAGUUGCUGCAAAGCUCAUCAACGCAUCCAGCAGUGUACUCGCACAAGUUUGGCAAGAUCAGUACGGUGCAUUCCGCCUCUUCCAGGCUGAAUGGUUCAAGAGCGCACCGCCUACGGUCGACACGCCGAUGAAUGACCACGUGUUCCUGGAAGCGAUGAGAUAUGACUGCAAAGUGGUUAAAAGCAGCCUUGAUGAGAGUUGGUGACUCCGCUGUUGGCCAACGACCGGGUAUAGCUCCAAAUCUGACAAGCUGCAGUGUACCGCACAGUGGACCGUGCUGAAAAUCCAGUGGAAAGGCAGCUUUUGAAUUCCGUGAGA